AUGGCAUCUUGGAAUUUACGAGGGUUGCUUCCUUCCUCCCAGAAACUUUCUGUUUCUUCAUGUCCGAACAAUGAUCUUGCUCGCACGAACAAAGUCUUCGUCAAUCCGACUGAUUUCCCGGCCGUAUCUGGUUUAGGACACAUCAACUCAAAGUUUGUUUACGUCAUCGGGGCGAGCUCCGAAGUACAGCACGGGCACCUCGCGUUUAACCGAAGUCAACGCAAAGAAUUGCGUCUAGGCCUUGGUGAUGUCGUUUCCGUCAGCCCUUUCAAAUGGCCGGGGAAGAAGCCAGUCGUUGCGGUUGCGGCGACGUUUGAAGUCGGCCUCCUCUCAAGGACAGGACAGCAGAUAGAGAUCGAAGCAGAAGAGCUCAUUGAACAAUGCCAGCGCAGAUUCACCGCCCACGUCCCUUCGCUCGGCCAAUCCUUCAUUGUCGACUUCUUUGGCUCUUCACUAAUACUUAAAGCGACGUCACUUGUUGCGGAUUCUGCUGUUGAAAUCGCAACAGUGACCAAGAACACUGAAAUCUUCUUUACGAAAGCUCCAGACUCACCAGUCAAAGUGAGAGGCGGCGACAAUCGUCCGAAGGAUGUAUUUCGAGCGGAUUUCAACUUUGAGAAGAUGGGUAUUGGUGGGUUGGACAAAGAGUUCUCAGAUAUCUUUAGAAGAGCUUUUGCAUCCCGCGUCUUUCCAGUUUCCGUCAUUCAGAAGCUCGGGAUUCAGCACGUGAAGGGAAUGUUACUCUACGGACCACCGGGCACCGGUAAGACCUUGAUCGCACGACAGAUUGGAAAGAUGCUAAACGGAAAGGAGCCAAAAGUAGUCAAUGGGCCGGAGAUUUUGAACAAGUUUGUAGGGCAGAGUGAGGAAAACGUCCGUGCUCUUUUCCAAGAUGCAGAAGCGGAUUACAAGGAAAACGGCGACAGCUCUGAGCUCCAUAUUAUUAUUUUCGAUGAGAUUGACGCAAUAUGCAAACAACGCGGUAGUAGUGGAACUUCAUCAGGUGUCGGCGACACUGUUGUGAAUCAGUUGUUGUCAAAAAUUGAUGGAGUGAACGCUCUAAACAACAUUCUAGUCAUUGGAAUGACGAACAGGAAGGACAUGAUUGAUGAAGCCCUAUUGCGACCAGGUCGACUGGAAGUGCAUGUCGAAAUUUCUUUGCCUGACGAGCAUGGGCGUCAGCAGAUUCUACAGAUUCACACCGCUAAAAUGAGGGAGAGCCGCAUGCUUGCUCACGAUGUCAACCUCGAUUGGCUUGCGGUACAGACAAAGAACUAUUCUGGAGCUGAAAUCGAGGGCUUGUGUAAGUCAGCGGCAGCAUUUGCUCUAAACAGACAUGUUGACUACCGAGACCUACAGAAGCAAGUGGAUGCAUCUGGAAUGGUGGUGACUAUGGAAGACUUUCGGCGGGCCUUAGUUGAGGUACAGCCCGCGUUUGGAAUGGGCAGAGACGACUUUGCGAGAUGCCUUCUUGGUGGAUUUCUCGUACAUGGAGAGAGAAUGCAGAAGUCACUGGAUGCUGGGAAGCUGUUCCGCAACGAGGUUGCGAGCUCAGACCGCUCGCCAUUACUAUCUGUUCUUAUCGAGGGCCCACCAGGCACUGGGAAGACAGCGCUAGCCGCUCUAUUGGCUGUAGAAUCGGGGUUUCCUUUCGUAAGACUAGUCACACCGGAGUCUUACGUCGGGUAUUCGGAGGUGGCAAAGUGUCAAGCGUUGGCUAAAGUGUUUGACGACGCACACAAGUCGUCUUUGUCUGUGAUUGUGCUCGAUAAUAUUGAGCGCAUGAUUGAAUAUUCGCCGAUUGGUCCGAGGUUUUCCAACAUUCUACUACAAACACUUAUGGUUCUAACUAAGCAAGUACCUCCAAAGGGACGGCGGCUGUUGAUUCUUGCGACAACCAGUUGUAUGAACGUGAUUGAAAGGCUCGACUACAAGCAGGCAUUUUCCGCAGUGUUGAGCACGCCAACGCUGUCCGGGGAUGAAAUAGGAGCGAUUCUGGACGGAAAUACGGAAUCUAUUAAUAUCAGCCAAGAAGCAGACGGUUCCUUUUCUUCGCUACACUCAAGUCACUUGAGUGCAACCCGUUUUCGUUCGCGAAGGGACCGGGAUUUUGCAAUUACAAUGUUAGAGGCGAAAGACCUUGGAGUGAAGAAACUUUUGAUGAUCCUUCACAUGGCGAGGACAGAAGAUGCAGACGGGGAGCAAGUGAUUGAGAUUGAAAGGCUAACUGCUGUUCUGAGAGAUGUGGUUUAG